GGAAGCGCUGCUACGGGCUAAGACAGUGGCUGUUUCAAGAGCAAUCAGGCUGAUCGAAGACAGUACUCAUCCUUGUUUGAAAAACCAUCAUGCUUUGGUAUACUGCCAUUGUUCUGCUGUUCCUCGCGGUACCUACACAUGGUUUGACAGUGUUCACGUCGGACGAUGACGUCACUGAGUGUUCUGUGGAAGCGCCGUGCGAGGAUGCCGAAGAGAUGUGCCGUAAGGUACAGGAGUGUAUAGUUGCUUCCUGCCCAGUGACGUCAUACUGCCUGGAAUGCGUGCCUCAGGGAGUUGACUCUCGAUGCAUCAACGCCCAGUAUCAGUACGCUGUGCUGGUAGGAUCUGCUCUAGACCCUGUCGGUCUGAGAGAUCGGCCAUGUGACCAGGAAAACAACCGUUGUCCAGACGGCGCUACUUGCGUCUUCGACGUGGCUGACAGCGAUGUCGGCGUCUGUUGCUAUGGCUCCCUUGACGCGUCAUCCCCCGGAAACACGCCCUCUGAUGACUCAGACGAUGACUUCUGCUCCAUACCGGAAGACAGUCACUGCGGAUCUUGUGAUGCUGGCCAUAUUUGUAAGAGAGUUCUAGAAAAUGAUGAUGACGACGAUGGCGACGAUGAUGAUGAUGAUGAUGAUUCUGAUUCUGAAGAAGCAGACUACGAAUGCAGGGAGAUCGUCAAUGAUGGGUAUUGUCCUUCGCCGCUCUUUGUCGGGACGCCCAUAGACUGUCCACCAGGAGGCUCUGACAUCAGCUGUAGAGGGGAUCACGACUGUUCUGAAACAGACAAAUGUUGUUUAAAUAUCUGUGGUGGUCGACAGUGCACAACCUCAAGCGACGAAUAAAAAUGAAUUGAAGACCACAACACACACACACACACACACACACACACACACACACACACACACACACACACACACACACACACA